AUGCGUGGUCUUCGUCUAGACUCUGAACAUAAACCUAGGGGGUACGGUGCAGGCAGUGCAGGAUGGCAGUCACGUUCUGCAAACGACAUUUUGUUAUGUAGCGAAAGUAGAGGAGAAGUAGAAGAUGAUCUGGAAAGGUGGAGACAUGCAAUGGGGAGGCGUGGCAUGAAAGUCAGCAGAAGGAAGCCAGAGUAUCUUUGUAUAAAUGAGAAGGAAGGAGAUGACAGAGUUAGGAUGCAAGGGGAAGAGAUCAAGAAAGUGAACGAAUUUAAGUGUUUGGGUUCAACACCAGACUGUGAAGGUUCUAAGAAUGCUGAAGUUAAAAGGAGAAAAGGAGGCAGGGUGGAAUGGGUGGAGAAAUAUGACGGGAGUUUUGUGUGA